GACCAUUUGAAAGGAUUCCGUGUUCGAUGAGUAAAUGUGACAGUGACUCGUGCGCAAAACCGUGGUGGGGCUAGCGGUCGAAGAGCCAGUUAUUCGCGCGGGCAUCUUGCCGAGCUCCGCUUUUCCUUCUCUGGACUCACAACCAGUUCAGCUUCGUACCGAGCAACAAUCGGACGUUCUUUCCCUUUUUCUCUCUUCGUUUGUUUGUUUUUCUCCUCCGUGACCAGAGGACAGUUCGCACUUUGAGAGUUUGCGACGAGAGAGAAACGGAGUGAAUCAGCGAAAUGUUUCUUAAACCGGUAACGUUGCUAUUAUCAGCGCUAUUGUUGUUCACCGGCGUGUCGGCGCAAUGUCUGACCGGAAACGACAAUCCUCCGACGAUGAUGUCAGGAUCGAAGAAGGCGUUGAUCGACUCUAAAUUCGGCUUUGCUCUCGAAACGUUCAAGAAGACGGCGCAGCUCGUGUCGCGUGACAACGUUUUCUACAGCCCUUACAGUAUUCACGAGGCUUUAACAUUGGCGUACUUCGGCGCUCGGGGAACUACCGAGCAGUCCUUGAGGAGAGCUCUGCACAUACCGAACGAUCUGUCUAAAGUCGACGUGCAACGAUACUACGCCUUCGAGAAGUCCAUCAAGGAACACAUGGAUGCUCAGGGUAACGCAUCGGCAAAUUACGAAUACAAGUCAGCGAAUCGAUUAUGGAUAACGGAUAAGGCAAAUGUACGAGAAUGUAUGUUGGACUUAUUUAGUGGCCAGUUAGAAAAGACAGAUUUCCAUACAAAUCCAGCUGCAGUUCGUGAUCGUAUCAAUCAUUGGGUCAGUAACAUAACCAAAGGACACAUUCGCGAUCUUCUUUCUCCUGAUAGCAUCGGGGAGGAUACCGAUUUAGUGUUGGCAAACGCGGUAUACUUUAAAGGACUUUGGCGAAGUCGUUUCGAUCCUGCUAAUUCCAAGAGAGAUCUUUUCUACACUUCUGGAUCGCAGCAUUCCAUGGUUACGUACAUGAGGCAAAAAGGGAAUUUCAAUCAUCUUAUCUCUGAGGUUCUUGGCGCGCACGUCUUAGAACUACCCUAUAAGGGUAACGAAGUUUCUAUGUUCGUUUUACUUCCACCAUUCGCCACCGCAAAGAUGUUCAAUGAUUCUGAAACAGCCGGUGAUCGAGACAGUGUGCGUCAAUUAGUCGAACGUAUUUCCACUGAGACUGGAUCCGCAGAACUACGUGAUCUCUUGGAUUCUGGUAUACCCCCGCAACAAGUAGAGGUUAUUUUGCCGCGUUUCGAGAUAGAGAAAGAACUUCCAUUGACCGCGUUGCUUCAUGAAAUCGGCGCAGGUGAAUUAUUAAUGCCUAACAUGGCCGAUCUUCGAGGUUUCGUUGAAGGUAACGAGAAGACAUUGCAUCUCGGUGACGCUGUACAUCGCGCGCGAAUUGAAGUCACUGAAGAGGGCACCACUGCAGCUGCAGCUACGGCCCUCUACUCUUUUCGCUCAGGUCGACCAUUGCAACCGGCGAUUUUCGAUGCAAACCAUCCGUUCAUUUAUUUCAUUUACGAUAAAGCCAUGCGUACGAUAUUGUUUAGUGGAAUUUAUCGCACUCCUAACUCUCCGCAGAAUACCGUACAGACGGCUUAAUGCAUUCAGCGUUUGCCGUCGUUGUUCCUUGUUAUAUCUUGGAUCUUUAAUGUGUGCGUGGUAAGCAGUGUGUGAGCUUUAUGUAAGUUUGUACGUGCGUAUAAAGUGAGGUUUGUUUCAUGCAUUUUAUAAGAUAAAUACGAUGGAUCGUUAUUUGUAGAACAUUGUUAAGAAUUUUUCGGAGCCUUCGAUUAUAAAUAUUCUGGUGCAUUCCAUUGGAUCACGUAUUACGUGAAUUUUUCUUUUAAAUUUGUUAUAUCGUACGUGCAACAAAUAAUAUGCGAAUUCUUGAGGUGUGUUUGUUACCAUGGUAAAAAAUGUGAAAGCAAACCAUCUAUGAUACCAUUUUGAAUAUUCUAUAUGAAAAACUGCUAUUGUACGAGUUUUGUGAUACUUUUAUUAUAC